AUGAAUUCUAAUAAUAAGGUGGAUUGUGAAUAUCCUGAGCAUUACAUGCUUGAUAUCGAGGAGAAGAAACCAGCACAGUAAUAGAAUUUUAUGCCAUUUCUACCUUAUGGAGUCAUAUCCAAUCUUGAGAACCAAGUGAAUCGAGUCAGAAGUUAAGUUGAAAUAAAACAAGAGGAUAGAUAGAUGAUUAAGAAUGAUUCAUAGGCAUCUUUAAAAGAUGAUGUUUUGUGUUUACAAAAUAUAAAAGGAAAUGUGAAGAAUGCAUAUAUUAAGAAGAUUAGUUCUCUACUUAAUGUAAGUAUGGAGGAGGAUAAAGAAAAAUUGCUCCCUUCAAAAAGAAUAAAGGAUAAUGUUUCUUCGAACUCUUCGAAAUAAUUUGAAAAUGAGGAUUUAAAGAUGCAAAAGAAUCGGGAAAGUGCCAGAAAUUCUAGAUAAAGGAAGAAGUUAUAUAUUGGAUUAUUGGAGAAAAAGGUUGAAGAUUUGAAUGGGCAAAUAGAGGGGCUUAGAUAAUAAACAGAGAUAACAUUCAAGCAUAUUCACAAUAUAAUUGAACACAAUACAUGUUUCAAAGGAAUGAUCAUAGAACAAGCUCAAAUAUUUGAUUAAUUACAAAGCAAAGACCCAGAGACAACUGAAGGAUAGGAGAUGCAAGCAUUGCUCACGGACUCUUAUAAAUUAAAAUUUAGUGCCACAGGUUCAAAAAGAAAGCAAUAUAUUAGAUAUUGCUUUUAGAAUGUAGCCCGAAUUCUGAUGGAUGGUAAUUAUGGGACUCUGCUAUUUGGAAGUAAUUGUCUGCCAAAGAAUUUUCAAAUUCUGGAAGAUGAAGAGUUGCAUGAAUAUGUCAAGCAAUUCAAAGAAAUCACUGGAUGUAGCGAAGACAAAAUGCAGCAUUCAAUAACCCAUAUUGUGAGAAGGAUACUUGAGCACAAGCACUCUUUUUCUUAUUUAAUUAAAUAGAUGAAAUGCAAAUCCAAAGAUCUGAGGAUAUGUUAACAGUAACUCGAUGAUUAGAUAGAUGAAAUGACAACUUAAAUGACUCCCCAAUAAUUUACAUCCCUCCUAAUCAAUCUCAAUAAAGAUGAAGUAAAAGUCAAAGAAAAUUAUUAAACCACAAAAUCAGACAUUUAAGCCUAAUAGUUACAAUAACAACAACAAUAAUAACAGUAAUAAUAAUAACAAUAACUUCUGAACCAAUACAAGUUUUUACCUUAAAUUUCUCUUGAGUUAUUACUUAAUAAUAAGAAUACGCCAUUCUUACUACCAAGUAAUUUAAUGAUAGACCCACUGUAAUUCAAUGAUUUAAUUUAAAAGAAGCUUUGUAAAUAACCAUGA